UAAGCUGAGCAGUGCAGUUCUGUGAAUGCAAGAGAGCACAUGGGAGAAAUAGAGAGAGGGAGUAAAGGACAGCAAAAGGCAAAGGGUGCAGAGUUGGAAGAGAAAGGAAGAGCAAAUAGAAAGAGAGAAAGAGAAUGAGAGAACGAUAGAGGCUAUGUUCUCAGGGAGAGAAAGGAGGACAGCAAUUAUUCUAUCUAGCACCCAACAGACGCUCCUGGCAUCAGCUGCUCUCUCUCUCUCUCUCUCUCUCUCUCUCUCUCUCUCUCUCUCUUUCUGUCCCUCUCUUGCUGUCUGUUUCUCUGGCCAUCUGGUGCUCACGGUGAAUGUUACAUAAUUGAUCCGAGGAAAUAUGCUGAAGUUCCGAGCGGAUCGGCGAGUCAGUCAGAAUGAGCCGAACGGGCCAGCUGGGCUCCCAGUGAUCCAUACUCAUCUGGAGGAGAACGGACAGAUCCAGAAAGAGUUGCUGAACUCAGAUUUGGACAUGAAUGGCAAGACGGGUAACCGAGGGCCCGCGAACAACGCCGUUGAGACAAACAGCAAUGCAAACAACCUCAGCAUGGCAUCCCAUUCAAGCUCUGAGGCCCAGAAUCACUCUCAGCUGGUUUCACGGACGCCUAAAAGAGCUGCCACAUUUGGGAAGCGCUCCAACUCGAUGCGCCGUAACCCAAAGGCUGCUGUAACCAAGCAGGGCUGGCUUUAUAAACAGGCCAGCAGUGGCGUGAAGCAGUGGAACAAGCGCUGGUUUGUGCUAACAGAUCGAUGUCUCUUCUAUUAUAAAGACGAGAAGGAAGAGGUUGUUUUGGGCAGCCUUCCUCUACUCAGCUUUAAGAUCGGACCGAUCCGGCCUUUAGACAACAUCAGCCGCAAGUUCGCCUUUAAGGUGUGGUUUGAGGUGGAGGAAGAAGGAAUGGAGGGAGAAAAAGACGAAGGGCAGGACGCUAAAGGCAGUAUUGCAUUCUGUUUGCAGGCAGAACACGCAGGGACCCGUACAUACUACUUCAGCGCUGACAGCUUGGAGGAUAGGGAGGAGUGGGUCCAAGCCAUGAGUGAGGCAUCCAAGGUGGAAAUUUUACCCCUGAAUAGAAAAACCUUAGAGUCCAUCCCUACAGACGAGCAGAACCAUGUCCCAGUGACACAAACACCAGAGGCCAACUCUUGUCCAAGAAGUGAGGAUUCAACGACUGAGCAGCACAGGUUUGAAAAACACGGAGUAAAUGGGGUAGAAAGACGAGAGAUUCCCGCUUCUACCACACCAGUGUCAAUUGAUAUGGAGAGCCGGCUUGGGGAGAGGGGAUGCCCAACUCCUCACCAUCCUAACGGAUGGGGCAACUAUAGUUCAGGCUACCCUUCCCAGGAGAACAUCAGAGAGGUGCGUGAGGUGCAGCCUGAGCCCCAAGAGAACAUGGUGCUGCGCAGGGGCUUUGUGCCCAGGACGGGCCCUGAGAGGAUGGCACAAAGAAAGAGCUCCAUGACACAGCUUCAGCAGUGGGUAAACCAGCGGCGUGGCACGACACCUCAGGAGGACCUGCGGAGUCCAUCACGUUAUUACACGUUGAACCGAGGCAUUUCAGCUGAUUACUACGGCAUGUAUGGUGCCCCACCGUGCCCUGAGGAGUACCCACUGUACCCUCCAGGACUUCGGCCUGACAGCAUCUGCUCAAUGUCAGCUGCCUACGACAGGAUGCCCCCUCGGUGGACAGCAGAGGAUAAGCGGCGGUCGUUAAGGGACACUGCUCUUUAUGGGCCUCCACGUGAGCCCCAGUGGAUUAUGGGGCCGCCUGGACCACACCCUGCCUAUUACACUCAGCUAGAAUCAACCCAGGGGACCAUGAGACGGCUCUCACUGCAGCCACGAUCACGUUCUGUACCACGCUCGCCUUCUUCAUCGUCAGGAGGUGCUUACUCUCCCGGACCCCCAAGCUUCAUCUCGCCAGCACGCUCACCUAGUGUUCGGUUUGACAGAAUGCCCGGGCGGUUCAGAGACGAGGGAAUCUACGCCGAUCCAUCAGUCUAUGGCUUGCGAAGGUCUCUCAGUUCCCCCAAGUAUGAUUUUUCUGGGGACCGACGGUCUCUUACCCAAAAUGUUUACCAUUACCCAGCCUCUCCAUCUGUACACAGCAAAAUGGAUGACAUUUUAGACCUGCAGCUUCAGAGAAACUUGGAUUUCCUUGAUCAGCAGGCAAUGGAGGGAGAUUACCUAAUCGGAAUGGUAACCCGAAUGGUUGAUCGUUCCAACCCCAGAGCAAAGUUAUUCCCACAAGUGCCUCCAGCACAUGACAUUUACAGGGAGCUGCACCCCACACUGAAGCUCAAUGAAAUUGAGACCAGUAAACUGCUGAAUCGCUUAAUUGAGCAGAACAGGCUUCUGAAGGAGCAGGAAGCUGUAGUGCAUCGACUGCGAAUGGACAAGGAUAACUUGGAGGCCACACUAGUUGCUACCCAUCAGGACAUGGAGCUGUGCAGGACUCAGCCACUGGCCAUGGAGAAAUUGCAGCUGAAGAAGGAGAGCUUACAGAAUCAGCUCAUCAAUGUUCGGGGGGAGCUCUCUCAGGCUUCCAGUGUUCUGAACAACUCUAAAAUGGAGUUUGAAGCCUUGGAGGAUGAGGUAAAUGCUAUUCAUGGUGACCUGUGGGAGCAGCUGAAUUCUGGAGGACAGAGUGAACUGGUCCACCGACAUCUUCAGAAAGAAUUCUGGAGGGUCCAGGAUGUGCUAGAGGGCCUGCACAAAAACAAUCCCUCUCGAGGCACAGAUACAGCUAAGCACAGAGCAGUCAGUGCAGCAUCAGGUUCCUUCAGCACAAACAGUCCAGCGAGCCCACUGAGCUCAGUGAGUCUAACCAGCCCCCUCAGCCCUUUCUCACCUGUACCAGGCUCACAGCAUUCACCCACAAAACUCCUGGCAACAGAGGAGAUUGGUCCACCACGGCCCCCACUCCCUAAGUCUUACCAGCCCCUGGAUCCCACCACAAUCAUGCCCCCUGUCCCUCCCCUCCCUUUGAACAGCAAUGCCUGGCCAUGCAGCAUGGACAGCUAUAAGGAAGACAAAGACAUGCACAGUCAAAAGCACAACCACAGUUCAUCAGAGGAAAAAAAGAACAAUUAUGACUUGGAUCAAGACACACAAGGCAAUAAAGUCGGCAUUGUCCCACCCAGGACCAAAUCUCCAACAGACGACAGGGACGGUGUCCAUAAGAGGAAUGGGAAAAUGCCUAAUGGUCACAUCUCCAGGGAGAGGCCGAAGAGUGCUGUGUUCCCAGCAGAAGUAAAGUCUAAGAUGAGUUUGGAGGAGCAGAAUGAGAGGAUACGUCGGAACCAGAGCAGUUCGGUCAGAGACAAGAGACGCAGCCUUAAUCUGUCCACCAACCAGAGCUUGGAUGGCCUCAAACCUUCUGUCAACUACAGAGUGGUGAAGAGAAGAUUAACUACCCAUGAGGUGGACAUAAAGGACUUGGAGACAGCUGUACGAGGUGAAGGAAUUGAGUCUCCAAGGGAAGAAAUUGCCCGCUUACGGAGACAGAUGGAGACUGAAAAUUAUGAUCUUGAUAUCAGCAGAGAGUUGAAUGCCCCAGACAAAGUUUUAAUUCCAGAGCGUUAUGUGGAAAUUGAGCCCACCACACCACUCAGCCCAGAGGAGGAAAGAGAGAAACAGAAGAAGGUGGAACGGAUAAAGACGCUCAUUGCCAAAUCAAACCUGCAGAAUGUUGUGCCGGUGUUGGACGGCCCUACAGAAGCCCAGGUUAACCCUGAGCAGAAGCUGCAUGAGCAGGAGAAACGCAUUGAGAUCUCCUGUGCUUUGGCUGCCGAGGCCUCCCGACGCUCUCGCCUGCUCUCUGCCCAGAUAACCUCGAGUCCUCCCACCUCCCCAACCACCCUGGCCCCUCCCCUUUCCUCUGGCUACUCUGACUCCUCCCACAUCAUGAAGGUGUGAGUGUGUAGAGCUCAAGCACUGGCUGCUGUCAAGUUCGAUGGUGGACCCUUCUGAGAACAGCAAACUAAAGACACGAUAAAAAUCACUUAUAUAGUCCCAUCUCCCCCAAACUGUGCAUUUAUCUCAGUUACUGACACAAUAGGAGGAGGAGGAAAUACUCCGAAACGUUUGGAAGUUGGAGUUACGAGGGUGUUUCUCAGAGCUGCAGGACAGAGGUCCCUGCAAAGAUGAAGUAACAUCCUCACAGUGGGCCUCUCAAGCUCUCAUUAACUUGCUUCUCUCUUCUAAGCCCUUCCAUGUAGGACUUAACAGCAGGACUAUACAAUCGAAACGACAAAUAUUGUAACAUAAUGAAAGCUAAAAACUAGCCAGAAAGUGAGAUUUGUUUACACAAAACUAUCCACUCUGUAAUGACUGCAGUGAGAGUUAUACUAAAUCUGUAAAGGCUGACCAGACACAAGUGAAGACACAAGUAUGUCAUUGACAGAGUGAUGGCCUAGGAACAGAGAAGAAUAAGAAGAUACAGUGUUACAGUAGAAAAACGUGUCCGAGGGACAGGAGACCGAUACAGCGUCACAGCAAGUGGAGCAAGGAAGCCGGGAAAUACAGACAGAAAGUAGCAGGUCCCAGAUUAACGACAAGAGGGAGUUGAGCAAAUCAGCACAUCAGAACAUGACCACAGCAAGACCAAGGUCUAGCUUUCUAAAGGCUGUGAGCACUUGAAACAGCACUCAUCCUGUGACUACAGACUGAUAUCACAUCCUGUCUACACUAAAAAGAGACCCCAAGAGGAUGCCAGAUAAAAUAGAAUCAAAUAGAAAAGGAUCUCGGUGUGAUGCACUUGCAUGGGCAACUUGUUUCCUUAUUUCCCUUCAUUUCCCCAUUUCAAAGGAGAUCAAGACUCACUGUGACUCCAUGAAUCCUCUUUUUCUUUACUUUAUGCUAAAUAAUAGGGCUUGAUGGGAACACUGGAUCUCAUUCACCAACAGUCCGGUACAUUAGAGUUCUGUUUGCACCACAGGUUCCUUAUGUAUCAAUAAACACAGCAUAUACAGUAUAUCUAUAGACAGUGAAUAUAUAAAUAUAUAUAUUAAUUUAAUUUGUAAUCAAAGCCAUGUGGAUCUUUAUAAUGCUUUGUUUCUGCUUGGUACCUAAAAUGUCUGUGUGUGUGUGUGUGGGUGAAAUGAUUACAAUGAAUUAGAAUUAGGAGGCUAUAGAAUUUCUGUCGAAAAGUGCCCUUAGGACUGUAAGUCUGCUAGUUAAACAGUGUGUGUUGUACAGGCGAGGGUGACAGCAGCUUGCAUCUCAACAUGUAAAAUGUGUGAAAUUACAGCCCAGAAAACCCCUGUGAAUAUGGAGCCCAGUAGUGUAACACUGUGCCAUUGGGUAUUUUGUUUGUCUUUUAUUGUGUUUAGGCGAACAUAUCCGUUGUGUAAAUAUGGAUCCUGUUUGAGUGCGACUUAAAGAGUAUUUUUGUAUCACUGACAAGGAGAAAAAAGCAGCCAGGUUCUAGUACAUCGCAAAGUGACGAAUGAUUUGCCAAUCUGUACAUGUCUUUCGUUUUGUGUUUUAAUUCAGAGUUUUGGUACUUUAGCAUAAAACAUCAUAAGACACAGUGAAACCAGAUAUAAUGUGCAAGUCGUUAAGCCAUCAGCUGUAUUAUUUAUUUUUUUUUUUUUAGUAAGAUAAAUCUAGUGUUAAAUCCAAGACUUUUUUCAUUUCGAGAGCAUUUUUCUUACUGCUUUGAGCUCAUUAGCUCAUUCAGCACAUAACAGAAUCACAUGAUACCAGGAACAGAGAUAAGCAUGAUUAAUGACCCAUAAUUGGAUCAUCAGUUUCACCAAGGAACAAAAACGAGUCCAAAAAAAAACAGAAGUUCUAUUUUUAUUAUUUGAAAGAAAGGGACAAAUUAUGUCAUCUAAAUGCAGUAUGUAUUUUUCUAAGCACAUGGAUAUUUAAUGAAUAAGAAGUCGUCUGCUCGGCUACGUUUCUAACAGAAUAAAGAGCGUUUUUGCAUUUUUCAUGGCAGGUUCAAGGCUGGCAUAUCUUUAUUUUGUUAUUCUAAAGCAUUGUUUCGGACGCCUUAGUUGAAGAUAAUUUUUAAGAACUUUAUUUUUUAUGUAACAGGAUGAAACGGGAAUUACAACAAAGAAAAAAGGCCCGAGUGGAGGUAUCUAAUAUUUGAAAUAAAAUGUAGCAAAUAAGGCUAAAAUGAACUAAACUUCAGUCUCUGUACAUAUUUUCAAACCAAAUAUAAUCUGCCUAACUGUUACUGUUGCUACUUUGAGUAAAAUACAGAAAAAAUGCUUGAACUAUGCAAAUCCAUACAGUCAAUAUGCUUGCUUUAGAAAUGCCCUCAUGCAAUAAAGUGAAUGUAUUUAAAAUUGA